GUGUGCAGCCAAUGAGCUAGGGGCUGGGAAGUGGGAGCGGUCGGUGUCCUACUCCUCCCAUUUCGGGUUCACGGACCUUAGAAAUAUGGGCGGUCCUCCCUACCCAGCUGAGGCGAGGCGGGUCUGUUGGCUGAGGUGAGGUCUAGUAAACGGUGAAGUACUUCCGGCCAGGGGGCACCUGAGGCCGCGGGUUCUCGGCGGCUUGGAGUGGGAGAGGAAUCCGACGCGCGGGGAACUCAGCCUCGCCAGCGGGGCGGGCUGAGCGCAGCUCUCGGCUGUCGCGGGCUGCGUGGAAAGCGUUAGCUGAGCUAAUGUAACUGCCGUGGGUGGCCCUCCCGAAGGCUCUUUCGGUCCAGGACCAGGGAACGCGGCGGAACUCUGCCGCCUGGAUCCCAGCCCUUGGGACCUCCCUUCUCCCUUUCACGCGUGUUCAGUCCCGAGCUAAAGAGGGUGACCGCGGCGCCCUGAGUUCUCACCCCCCCCGCAUUUCAGUCUCUUGUCAUCCGGUUGCACACGUUCUUGAGAGGUGAUUCCUAAAGCAGCUGGGAACCUGAAGCUGUAAUGGGGGCUGCGGAAAAUGAACUGCAGUCCAAAAUCCAGAAGCAGAACUUGAUGGUUUAACCACUGACCCAUUUCACAGAAUGUUUCAUGUAUUCAUGGACCAAAAGAUGGAGUUGAUUUUUGUUUUUAAAAAGAUACUGUUGAUGAUCUGAUACAACUGUAUGUAUUCACUUGUUAAAGAUUCAUGGAGUGAUCAUUAAGUUGGACUAGUAAUCAUUUCUGAAAGUUUCUUCAAGCACUGUUUAAAAUUCAGGUGUCAAAGAAUAUUCGGCUUAAAACAGUAUAAUACAUUUUCUUUUGAGUACUGCAAAUUUCAGAAACCACAGUUGGAUUCCAGUUAUAUUCUACAAUCAAAGUGAUUCAGUUCUUUGAUAAAAUUAAUUUCAAAGAAUUUGAUGUUUGUUAGCAGCGCCAAAAGAUGGGAGAAAAAAAUGGUGAUGCAAAAACUUUCUGGAUGGAGCUGGAAGAUGAUGGGAAAGUGGAUUUCAUAUUUGAACAAGUGCAAAAUGUGCUGCAGUCACUGAAACAAAAGAUCAAAGAUGGGUCUGCCACAAAUAAAGAAUACAUCCAAGCAAUGAUUCUAGUAAAAGAUGCAAUUAUAAACCACAAUUCAACAUUGAUAAAGGAUCAUAGAUCUGUGACCAAGAACACAGAAGAAAACAAAUCAAGUUCAUUGCCCUCGACAUCAUAUGAAGACUUCUUUCCAAAAGACUGCACCUCUCUAUCUACAGAAAACCAGGAAAUUCCCCCUAUGGAAAAUAAAGUUGCAGACUUUAGAGAAAAAGAAUCUUCUUUAAAUUUAUCUUACCAAAAGCAUCAGUGCUCUGGCUCCUGUCUGAUGAAAAUGCCAUUUACCUCCAAGGGGGAAAACCCUCUGCAGCUACCAAUCAAAUGCCAUUUCCAAAGACGACACGCGAAGACAAACUCUCAUUCUUCAGCACUCCACGUGAGUUAUAAAACCCCUUGUGGAAGGAGUCUACGAAACAUGGAGGAAGUUUUUCGUUACCUGCUUGAGACAGAGUGUAACUUUCUAUUUACAGAUAACUUUUCUUUCAAUACCUAUGCUCAGUUGACUCGGAAUUACCCAAAGGAAGAAGAAAUUGUUUCUGAUGUGGAUAUUAGCAAUGGCGUGGAAUCGGUGCCCAUUUCUUUCUGUAAUGAAAUUGACAAUAGAAAACUUCCACAGUUUAAGUACAGAAAGACUAUGUGGCCACGAGCAUAUUAUCUAAACAGCUUUUCCAACAUGUUUACUGAUUCAUGUGACUGUUCUGAGGGCUGCGUAGACAUAACAAAAUGUGCAUGUCUUCAACUGACAGCAAGGAAUGCCAAGACUUGCCCCUUGUCAAAUAAUAAAAUAACCACUGGAUAUAAAUAUAAAAGACUAGAGAGACAGAUACCUACUGGCAUUUAUGAAUGCAGCCUAUUAUGCAAGUGUGAUCGACGAAUAUGUCAAAACCGAGUUGUCCAGCACGGACCUCAAGUGAGGCUACAAGUGUUCAAAACUGAGAAGAAGGGAUGGGGAGUGCGCUGUCUAGAUGACAUUGACAGAGGGACGUUUGUUUGCAUUUAUUCAGGAAGAUUACUAAGCAGAUCUGACACUGAGAAACCUGAUGCUAUUGAUGAAAAUGGAAAAGAAGAGAAUAUUAUGAAAAAUAUGUUUUCCAGAAAGAGGAAAAUAGAAGUUGCAGAUUGUGAGGUUGAAGUUAUCCCAAUAGAACUGGAAGCGCGUCCUAGAAGUAUGGAGACUCAGGAGUAUCCACCUAAGCUCCAUCAUAAUACCAAAGAGCCUAUUACAGGAAUGAAAUAUAACAGCAUUUCAAGAAUUCGAUAUCAUUCAGUCAUAAGAAGUCCUAAAACCAAGACGGUCAUUAUUCAACACAAUGGGAAAAAUAUGGGAUUUACUUCCUCAGAGUCUGUCACCUCAGAAGAUAAUGGGGAACUUAAUCCAGCUCAAGUACAUCUGAACUCUAAAGCCAAGGAAACGAGAAAGGACUCAAGUUCAAACCAAGUUGAAGAUUGUGAAGACAACCCUGUGAUUGAUUCCGAUGUGAUAGAUAUAACCAAGUGUAGAGAAGACACUCCGCCGGGGGACACAUGUCACCAAGCAGUCACACUGGAUAAUAAGAAUGAGGUUCAAAUACAAAAGCCCCAAGAGGAAAAAUCUCCAGCAUGUCAAAACCAGCAGGUCUUUUGUGGUAAAGAGUUGCCGAAUGAAACCAAGGAUGCUUCAUCUGAUUCUCUAGAGAAGUUCAAUAAAGGGAAUGUGUUUCUAUUGGAUGCCACAAAAGAAGGAAAUGUGGGCCGCUUCCUUAAUCAUAGUUGUUGCCCAAAUCUUUUGGUACAGAAUGUUUUUGUAGAAACACAUGACAGAAAUUUUCCCUUGGUGGCGUUCUUCACCAACAGGUAUGUGAAAGCAAGAACAGAACUAACAUGGGAUUAUGGUUAUGAAGCUGGGACUAUGCCUGAGAAAGAAAUCCUCUGCCAAUGUGGGGUUAAUAAAUGUAGAAGAAAAAUAUUAUAAAUCUGUAGUUAAUACCUGCUCAUGAAAUCAGCUGAUCAAGCUGAACCUAGGGCCAUGCAAAAGAAACCCCUGUGGUCAGUGGAAUUAAUUUACAUUACCAUCUGUCAAGAGAAUUCCUCUCAGUUUACCCUUAUUGGGAGAGUUUAUUUGCAUUACUUAGAAAUGCUUGGAACAAAAUAGGGACAUUUUCAUACGCAUAGUCUAUCUCUUUAUUCUUACUGCUCUUCAACUAUACAUGAGUAGAAUGGAUGUAUAUAUUUUAUAUGAAAUACCACUAUAUAAUUUGUAACUUAUUUGUAAAUUAUGUAUUCAAAAGAACAAAUGUCACAGUUAAUUUCAGCACUUCUUACUGCUUUUGUAAUUAUUAUCUUUGACUUUCAGGGCCCCACAGGGCCAAAUUUCACCUCUUUACCUGCAAAAUUUAUUUAUGUUUAAUUCCUGGUGAAUAAUUUACCAUUGUGAGCCAUAAGAUGGGCAUCAGAGCCUGAAGAAUAUUAAUAUUAUGCAAAUUACUUCCAAGUAUUUUAAAUUAAUUGGAUAAGCUCCAUGAAAUAAUGUCAGUCCACUUGAAUGAGAGAGAAGAGAAAACUCUCCUAGGGGAAAGUUUUGGCACAUUUUUUGAAAUGAAACUUCUUUUCCACAGAUUCUCUUCACUCCUUCUAUACAAACACAGGAAAAGAGGGAAUAGAAACUUGGAGGAGCUGAAAUAUUUUUGUUCUAGACAGAGUAGAACCGUAAGAAAAGGAAACUUAAGAGAAUAGUCAGACGUGGCUUAUUUAUUGCCAGAAGAGAUGGUCCUGGGUAAGAAUUUCACUUACAACAAUUCUGUUGAAAAAGUCUGAAACAGACUGUUGGAGUUUCCUGGGCAUGAUGUGCAAAUUAUUUUCCUAGAGAAAAAGGGAAAGAUUUACUCUGUUGUAGGUUUCCUGACCAUGAUCAUCUAGUGAAAAGGGGGUGAGAGCCUCCAAGAGUUAAAACUAACUUUAUCUAUAACAAAGAUGUACAUUUGGCUGUCAGGAAAUUCUCCCCACCCUUGGAACCAGCAUAGGAAUACUAGCUCAAAAAGGAGUAAUUGAAGUAGUUCUGGGUUUUUUAGGGUUUGUUUUUUUUCUUUUUUCUCAGCUUGCUUCUGGGUUUAAUUACCUUUGGUUACCUUUCAGACAAUGGAGAAGGAAAUGGCAAUCCACUCCAGUAUUCUUGCCUGGAGAAUCCCAGGGAUAGAGGAGCCUGGUGGGCUGUUGUCUGUGGGGUUGCACAGAGUCGGACACAACUGAUGUGACUUAGCAGCAGCAGCACCUUUCAAACAAGAAUCUAAAUUUGUACCGGAUUUAAUUUCUUAAAAAUAUUGAAGUAAAUAAAAAUUUAACUUGAAGGUAGUUUAGAGAGUGGGAAACCAAAGAGCUAGGAAAGUGAGCAAGAAAUUGUAACCCGACAGCCAUAGACAAAUGGGGAAAGCUGAGAAGUUCAUUUAUUCACAGUAAAGAUACAGGAAUUUUAGGCAACGCACUGAAAUGAAAUGGCACUUGAAAAGUAUGGGAGAUUUGUACAGAGAUCUGACAUCUUGAUCUCCUUCAUCUGUACUGGUUCCCAGUUGUCAUCUCCCGUCAGCGUCCUAGAGAUUCUCUUUGUCUUUCCGACGUCAGGUCUAUUUCUAGUUAAAUCCCCUUAUUUCUCCUUUCAUUGAUUUACUGCCACAUAUGGGCAUGGGGGUCACAAAGAGUUGGACACAACUGAAUGACUCUCACUUUAUGGGUGAAGCACAUCCUCCAGUACCUUUUGAAAGGGAAAAAAAUGAGACCAUAUAUUUCAACAUGUUCUUUUGCCCUUACACUUGAUUGCUGUUUUGGCAGGGCAGAGAGUUCGUGAGUAGCUUUCAUACCCAGUUUUGAACAUACCUACUAUAUUCCAGUGUUGCUGCUUUGAAAUCUGAAAACGUUCUCACCUCUGGCCUUCAGAGUGACUGUUGGAAGUCAGAGGCCAUUCUUUCUCUCUUAUAUUCGUGACCAGUCUUUCUCUCUCUCGAACCUUACAGCAAUCUCUCUGACCCAGUGUUCUGUUCCCAGUAAAGGUCUAUUAUUAUACCUGAUACUAGGUGCUUGGUGGGAUCUUUCAAUCUGAAAACUUUGUUCUUAGGGUCCUUUUCUUGAAGUGUUUCUUUAAUGAUAACUUAUCUGUUCUCUCUCUCUAGAAUUCCUGUUACCCAGACAGUAGACCUCCAGGAUUGGUUCUCUGAUUUUCUUACCUUCUCUGUUAAUUUCCAGCUUUGUCUUCUUGCUCUACUUUCUGGGAGAUUUCCUCAACGUAAUCUUCCAAUUUGUCUAUUGUGGUGGGAUUUUUGGUUUCUUAGUUUAUUUGAGGGGGGGUUUCAUUUUUUUAUUUCUAGAGCUCUCUAAACAUUUUGUUUUUCAAUAGUAUCCUAUUUUUGGUUCAUGGUUGCAGUAUCUUAUCUCUUGGAAAAUACUAUUUAUAUAGUACAUCACACACAGGCAUUCAUGCCUAUAUUUUCUUCCUGAAUAUUCUGUGACCUGCAAGGUUUCUGUUUUUCUAUGUUUCCUUUGGUCUUUGUCUUUCAGGUUUUAGGCUCUCCUUAGUGAUCUUGGCAGUCUGCUCCUCCUCAGGAGUGGAACACUGAAAAGCUGAGAUUAUGAUCUGAGAAUGGGGGAAGGGGCCCUUCACCUGCUUCACUUGGCCCAGCUGAGCUGUUCAAUCUCUUAUUCAGUCUCUUUAGGACUUUUUGGCCUGGCAAUGAGUCAGUCUUACCGCUUGAAGGCAAAACACUGCUGCCAGAGCCUGCCCUUUUCUCUCGUUUUGCUGCUGCACACACCUGCUUCUGUAAUUAAUGUGUGUGGGUCAAGACUAAGUUAUCCUUUUUAACAGUUUCUCUUUUCUGUCCCCAAUUUGCCUCCUUUCCUCUCGUCAAAACCUGCUCAAAAAGCAAGACUUCGAGAAGUUUUUCCUUUGAUUGCCUCAGCAAACCACCAGCUAUUACAUGUUUCUUUUUUACAGAGCAACUUAUUUUGUAACUGCGAUUUAAUUACCCGCGACUAUGUUCUUUUUGUGUAUUUGUUCCGUGCGCCAGUAACCUCAUCUUGUACGGUGCUGUGUACAUUAUGGGUGCUAAAUAAAGGCUUACCACUGGAAA